GUGGUGGCCAGUGGCUGCGGUGUAAAGAUCACAGUGGGUUGAGUGGCCAAGGUAGAUGGUGGUGAUUCCUGCUUGUUGGAGGGCACGUUGAGAGAGAAGAUUGAUAGGAAGGGUAGGUAUAUGGAGGCCAAUUACUGUUCCUGUGGGAAAAAGAGGACAAGGGAGGGUGGAAGUGUUGUGGCAUGGGUGGAGGAGAGAGUUACAAGGUGGGGAGUUUUGUGUGUCACAGUGUAUUGGAAUGAAUUUUCAUUGAUAGAUGAGGCAUACAUGGAAUCAGAGACGGUCGGAGCACUUAGCUGGCCAAUGAAGCUGGAGGACGGGAAGGUCAUCAAGGGUGGGACGAGGAUGGAUGGUGGACCAGCGUGGGGGAGAGCCGGUGUUACCGCGGGCAAACCACUCAUCGGUGAGUACCUUGAAGCAUGCAUCAGCCGUGUGGGUGGUUUUCUGGCAGCGAUUUCCGGUCUGGGAACCAAAUCGGAUGAGGUAAGGGCAAGGAGGAAGUGUGCCGGUGGAGGUUGCAAGAAUCCAGGUGAUGAUAUCUGCGGUGGGGACAUGGAGGGAAAGGAUUUGGGUGUAGGCAAUUUUGUGAACAGCAUAUGCUUCUGUGAGGCCAUCCAUCAGGCGCCAGUUAAGGAGGGAGGGGUCGACACGAGUGAAGUCAGCGGCACCGGUGCAGGUGUCGAGUGUGAUGGAGUGAAACUCGCGGUAGAGGGCAUGGAGGGAGGCGAGGUCUUGGCGAUCAUAGGUCGCCUGGAGCUCGGUCCAGAGGGCCCAGGAGGAGGCCGGGUCCAGCACACGUUUGAGGGAGUGGGGGAGGCAGGCGAAGAUGAUGCCGAGUGCCUUCAUAUCCGCAGUGCACCAUGCCUCACUGCGGGUAUCGAAGGUAGCAACAGCUGUGGCGUGAGUGACCAUAGCAUCUGUGUGCUUUUGAACAAGGGCUAGGGCCGCAUCAUGCUCGGCGACUAGGGCGGUGUGAGCAUCGAGGUUGCGGGUGCAGGUGUCUUGGGAGGUGGCAUAGGUGGCAAUGCGAGUGGCGAAGGUGUGCAGAUCGUCGUGAGAGAGGAGAGGAGCAGGGGUAAAGGGUUGGUUGACCCAAACAACCCAAACCUUCAUCUACACUACAACACUAACAUACUACAUGCUAUAGAUAUAGGAUAUAUUGUAACAG